GCACAGCCCCCCGGGGCUGCCCUUGUCAGGGUGCUCAACAUUCAGCUCAUCCUCUACUGCUCCAGGAAGUGCGGCCUCAGAACUCCGCUUCUGGACGCGGCGCCCAGGCCAGCAGCAGGGCUACCACCUUCCCAGCCUGCCCUGCUGAGACAUGUCUGGGUCCGGGAGCCCAGAAUUCUUCACCACAGUUCUAAGAUCCAGAUUUAGAACUCGACCCAGCACAAGCCACGGAGGAGAUGAACGUCCCUCCCAGGGGCUGUGGAGUGCCCAGGAGUCGGAGGGCAGGCCUGGGGGCCCGGCCUGCAUCUCGUCUGCAGAAAGCUGGGUCCCCAGGGACUUUGCAGCCCAGGACUCCCUGGCAGAUGCUGUCCAUGCCUGGCUGCCUGCCCUCUUCUCCCGAGGGCCGCAUUGCCAUCAAGGGGCAUUUCUGCUGGAGUCCCCUUCUGUGGGACAAUGACUGCUGGGAGGCCUCCAGGUUAGACUGGGCUGGCAGCUGACCUGGGGAAGGAUGUAUGGGGCUUGGAGUUGGUCGAGGGUCCUGGAACGUUCACUGCCCACUGCCAAGGGACUGGCCGGGCUCCUGCCAUGGGACACUGCCGCCUCUGCCAUGGGAAGUUUUCCUCACGGAGUCUCCGAAGCAUUUCUGACAGGGCGUCUGGGCACAGCUCAGCAAGACCGUUCCCAGGGGAGCGUGUGUUCGUCAGGGACUUCCAGCGCCUGCUGGGUGUGGCUGUGCACCAGGAUCCAGCCUUGUCUCAGUUUGUCUGCAGGAACUGCCAUGCCCAGUUCUACCAGUGCCACAGCCUCCUGGAGUCCUUCCUGCAGAGAGUGAAUGUCUCCCCGAUGGGCCAGCGGAAGCCUUGUGCAAAGGUCGGCGCCCAGCCCCCAACGGUGGCGGAGGAGGGAGCGUUUCUUGGGGAUCUCAUCACCUCCAGCUCUCGGUGCCUGCACAGCUUGGUAGGGUGGGUGCAUGGACAUGCAGCCAGCUGCGGGGCCCUACCCACCCUUCAGAGAACGCUGGCCUCCGAGUACUGUGGUGUCAUCCAGGCCAUGUGGGGCUGCGACCAGGGCCACAGCUACACCAUGGACACUGACUCCAGCUGCAGGGCCCUCCUGCUGGACAGCGCCUUGUCAGUGAAGUGGGCGUGGGACAAGGAGAUGGCACCGCAGCUCACCCACAGCCAGGCAUCCAGCCCCUCGGGGACUGCCCCUCAGGUCUCCCAGGGCAGAGGGACCACACUGCCCAGCAUGGACGUGGCCCCUCCUCCAGAUGGCAACCCUUUGGGGCCUGGGCCAGGCCCCCCACCUCAGCCGAGCCCACCCCUCAUUGGGGCCCCAGGGCAAUUGGGUGAGAAGCAGGUUCCCUCUUCAACCUCGGAUGAUCGGGUAAAAGACGAGUUCAGUGACCUUUCUGAGGGAGAUUUCCCGAGUGAAGAUGAAGGCGGCAGGAAGCAGCACCCCCAGUCCUCAGAUGAAUCCUUCGAGCCUUACCCAGAAAAGAAGGUCUCUGGGAAGAAGAGUGAAAGCAAAGAAGCCAAGAAGACCGAAGAACCAAAAAUCCGCAAGAAACCCGGGCCCAAGCCCGGCUGGAAGAAGAAGCUGCGCUCUGAGAGGGAGGAGCUGCCCACCAUCUACAAGUGUCCUUACCAGGGCUGCACAGCCGUGUACCGAGGCGCUGACGGCAUGAAGAAGCACAUUAAGGAACACCACGAGGAGGUCCGAGAGCGGCCCUGCCCCCACCCUGGCUGCAACAAAGUUUUCAUGAUCGACCGCUACCUGCAGCGCCACGUCAAGCUCAUCCACACAGAGGUGCGCAACUACAUCUGUGACGAGUGCGGGCAGACCUUCAAGCAGCGCAAGCACCUCCUGGUACACCAGAUGCGCCACUCGGGAGCCAAGCCGCUGCAGUGCGAGGUCUGUGGCUUCCAGUGCAGGCAGCGGGCGUCGCUCAAGUACCACAUGACCAAACACAAGGCAGAGACUGAGCUGGACUUCGCCUGCGACCAGUGCGGCCGGCGCUUCGAGAAGGCCCACAACCUCAACGUGCACAUGUCCAUGGUACAUCCGCUGACCCAGACCCAGGACAAGGCCCUGCCCCUGGAGGCAGAGCCGCCGCCCGGGCCACCACACCCCUCUGGGACCAUGGAGGGCCAGGCCGUGAAGCCUGAGCCCACCUGAGGACCGAUGUGGGCCGCAGGGCCUGUGAGCAGCCUGAAGGCAGCGGGGGUGCAGGGGGCUCCACACGCUCGCUCCCUGGGAACCCAUGCUAUCUAUACCCCCCGACCUCCGCUCCGCGUGUGGGCGUGGGGCCUAGGGGCUGUGCAGAGCUCUCGUAGCCUUUCUGCCCUCUGCUGUGGGACCAGUGGUUUGUUUUCAUCCCACACUGUAGUAGCUUGGGCGCCAGACACAGACUAUAAACAAUCGAUCCUUUUCUCCACUAAAGCGAUUAAGGAGAUUUAUAAUCCACUUUUUAGUGCAACAUGAGCUCCACCUUAGGCUUUAACAAACUGUUUACAAAGGAGCUGGGCUGGUGCACGGUGCUGGGUCCAGUCAGAACAGCUGGGGCUCGCGGUAGAGGCUGGGGUCUGCCACAGUCAGCGGCUGCCUGCCCAGAAGGGCGGUGCUCACCUCGGGGUCCCAGUCUCCACGCCCGGCCAGCAGCUGUGAGAAAACACGUGUUCAGCCCCGCUCGGGGAUGCCGAGGGAAGGGGCUCUGGGCCGUGCGUCUGUGUGCCCGUGCCCAGUUUGUCCCGGGGGCCAGACGCCCUCUCACCUCCGCCACGUCUGAGCAGCUCUUCGUCGGACACUGAGGUAUGAACUGCAGCAGGAAGUCGCGAGCUUUUGUUAGCAGUUCCACAGGGUUUCCCUAGAGAGCACAGGCGGGGCUGCGGGUCAGAGGGCGCCUGCAACCUGCCCGAACGGCCCUCGGCAGGAGGAGCCUGCCACGAUGGGGCGUGCUUGCCUGCUCCUGGAGCUCCCGGCUCCUGCUGGCUGGGGUCACCACGGCGCUCGUCUCCCCAUCCACGAAGAGCUGACGCAGCUUCAGGUACAUGUCAACAGCGACACGCAGGAAGGCGGCCUCCCUGACUGUGGGGGCGUCCCGCCAGUAGGGGAGGAGGCUGGAGGCCAACAGAGGUGCCACUUGACUGACAGGUAGACAGGUGAGUGGCAGCACAGGGAGGGCACCGGACGCCUGAGCGACCAGCGCCAUGCCAGCCUUUCCCGGGGCGGGAGCCUCUGAGUAGGGCCGAGACGCCAGCCCAGCAGGCAGUUACCUGUAGAAGGCGAGCGGCAGCAGCCUGGUGUGCUGGUCCGGGGCCACGCGGAGGAGGUGUCCCAGCCCAGCAUCUGCAGUAUUGGGGGGUGUCCGUCAGUUCCCUGGCUGUCUGCCCCAAUCAUUCUUGGGGUUCCCUGGGUGUGGGGGGAAGGUCUGUGCCUGGCUGCAGGUGCAGGGCCCGGUGGAGGAAGGGCCCUGCUUGGAAGGGAGGGUGGGUGAUGCCUUCAUGCUGGAGUCGGGUCUGGGUAGGCAGACCCCCCCUCUUCACACGCAGGCCUGCUGCUGCUGCCCCAGCUCUGCAAUAAACUCUUUUGCUUUUAUUUUUUCCUCGAUUUGUCCCAGUGAAACCAGAGGUGCUAUCAAUUUAGCAGGGAGAUAAACUAAAAAUAGUGUGCAAGGUGCAUCCCAGGAGGACCUGUUCUUAACCACCUGCUUGUGAAGAGACCGACAAGCUGCUUCGGCUUCUGGCCACGUCAGAGGGACCCAACGUCCACUUUCCGUGUCAGCACAGGGUCUUACCUGCUUCUGUCAACUGGAAGAGCCCCAGCCAGGGUAUCCCCCGCCGCUCCAGACACAUGAGGAUCUCCGCACAGACAUGCAAAGCCUUCCUGGGGUCGGCAGUGCCCUGUGGCCCAUGGGAGAAGAUGCUGAGGCUGGCUCAGGGCUGACGGAACUUGACGGAGAGCGCCUCUCUUAGUGGGGUGCGUAAAGGAGCCCUCGGUACAGGGGGGCUCUGCCCAGCCCGCUGUGUCCUGUGGCCAAUGAACAGAGAAGGAGCCACUCCGUGGCUGAUGACCCCACGUCCAAGUGCUGUGACUCAGCUGCCCUCCCCCCCCGCCCGGUACCACCAGACCCAAGAACACCGACUCACGUUUGGGGUCAGCCAUGUGGAGAGCAGGCCCAUCAAAGAGAAGAAGAAAAGGGAAACCAACAGCUGCAAGUGAAAACGUGUUUCUGUGAACGCCCUGCAGCAGCUCUGCCCCGACCACCGGUACACAUCUGGGACCCAGGUCCUGGAAGGGGGCUCGCUCAGAAGUUCCCACUGGGGCCGCGCUGUGGCGCAGUGGGUAAAGCCCCGCCUGAAGCACCAGCAUCCCAUAUGGGCGCCAGUUCUAGUCCUGGCUGCUCCACUUCUGAUCCAGCUCUCUGCUGUGGCCUGGAAAAGCAGUAGAAGAUGGCCCAAGUCCUUGGGCCCCUGCACCCGCGUGGGAGACCCGGAAGAAGCUCCUGGCUUCAGAUCAGUGCAGCUCCAGCUGCCACGGCCACUUGGGGAGUGAACCAGUGGAUGGAAGACCUCUCUGUCUCUACCUCUCUAUCUCUUUCAAAUAAAUAAAAUAAAUCUUUAAAAAAAAAUGUUCCCACUUAAC